AUGGCUGAUCAGGCUACAAUCACUCCCGCCGAGUGGGAGUCUCUCAAGAAGGAUGAGACCACUGCAGAGGUCGUUGCCGACAUCAUGCUCCGAGUCAUCGACACGGAUCCGGAGGAAGCUGGGAGUUACUCCGAGGUUCGCGAGUUUCGCGAAUUGACCGCUGAGAAGCUUGGGGUCCAGUGGUGGAUUGGUGAUGGUGAACUUGGGGCCGACCGAGGCCUUUCCAAGAUUUGGAUGGGACUCGUGGAGUUCCUCGCAGGUCGGCAGGAUGUGUGGGAGGUCGGAGGUAUCGGGGCCCCUCCCUUGACUCUGACAAAGAAGAAGUGA